AUGUCUCAGACCGAUCAUACCAACGACUCCCAUAGUGCGGAAAUGGAUCCCGCCAAAGGUGCCACGGAAUACUCUACAAUUGCCCCGACCACCUCAGCCUCAGCUGACACCGACAUCACCAAGCCUGCUGUCUUUGAUAGCUACGAUGUUCGAGGGGCGACUUGGUACCAACGUGCUUGCGCUGAAGCUUCGCACGACAAGGCCGCUGCCUCGUCUGCCAAAGCCGACGUCAAUCGUAUUGGUGGUGUCGCAGUUAUGAGAACCAUCCUCACCAAGGCAACUCGUAUGUGGGACAAUGGAAGCACCCUAACUUACACCUUCCUGGGCCCAAAGGCCGGGAACACUAUUCAACAGAACAAAGUCAAAAAAGUUGUCCAAGAGUGGGAAAGGUAUGCCAACUUUAACUUCACCUUCGUCCCCACUGGCAAUGCUACCGUUCGUAUCACCUUUGAUCCCAACUUGGGUUCUUGGUCGUACGUCGGAAAUGAAAUUAGCCUCGUCAAUGUCAACAAUCCCACGAUGAACCUGGGUUGGAUAGGGGACCACUCUACCAUCAUUACUGCAGAGGAAAGGGGCGUCAUUUUGCACGAGUUCGGUCACACCCUUGGCCUCAUGCACGAACACCAAUCUCCUAUCCACGGUGGUACCAUCACCUUGAAAGAAUCUGCUGUUAUUGACUUUUACAAGAAGACCCACGGUUGGGAGGAGCGAGAAGUCCGUGAGCAGAUUUUGAGCGUGUACAACGUUAGCGGCGUUGGUAACUUUUCUGCACCCGAUGUCAAGUCAAUUAUGGCGUCCUUCAUGCCAGCUGAUAUGAACAAGCAGAAUCGGGAGAUUAAGCCCAACAAUGUUCUCUCCGAAACUGACAAAGCAUUCAUGACGAUUAACUAUCCACAUCCGACCAAUCACCCUAUCGCUGACUCCAUCUGGACCAUGAAUCAUGCACUGGAUGUCGCGGGCGUUGAUCCUGAGACCAAAUCAAAGAUCAUCGAAAGUUACGAAUUGUCGGAGUGGGCCGAAGUCAGGUAUCUAUUUAGCGGUUUCUGUACCACCGCCUGCCGUGCCGGCAGCAUUAAGCGUCUCCAAGUUGUUGAAAGGUCAAAUGGCGUUGUUGACGGUCCCUCAGUGUCCAAAGUUCAUGCAAGCACAACUGGCGCCGUUGACUUCCCCACGGCAUCCGCAUUGGCGCCCUCGGCAGUGUCCCAAGUUAUUUCAAGCCCAAAUGGCUUCUUUGACGUCCCCUCGGCAGCGUCCAAUGUUAUUCCAGGCACAAGUAGCGUCUUUGACGACCCCUCGGCAGUGUCCAAUGUUAUUCCCAGCACAAAUGGAUUCUUUGACGUCCCCUCGGCAGUGUCCAAUGUUACAAAUGGGUUCUUUGACGUCGCCUCGACUGUGGCCAACGUUAUCCCAAGCACAAAUGGAUUCUUUGACGUCCCCUCGGCAGUGUCCAAUGUUAUUCCAAGUACAAAUGGCGUCUUUGAUGUCCCCUCAGCAGCGUCUAGUGUUUUUUCAGGCAUGAAAGGCGUCUUUGACGUUCCCUCAGCGGUGUCCCAAGUUAUUGCAAGCACAAAUGGCGUUGUUGACGUUCCCUCAGCAGUGUCCGAUGUUAUUGCACGCACAAAUGGCUUCUUUGACGUCCCCUCAGCGGCGUCCCAAGCUAUCGAAAGCGCAAACGGCGUCGUUGACGUCCCCUCGGCAGUGUCCAAUGUGAUUGCAAGUACAAAUGGCUUCUUUGACGUCGCCUCGGCAGUGUCCAACAUUAUUCCAAGCACAAAUGGCGUCUUUGACGUCCCCUCAGCAGUUUCAAAUGUUUUUGCGAGCACAAAUGGCGUCGUUGACGUCCCUUCGGCAUCCGUAGUGUCCAGCAAUCGUCAUUAUUCUCACCCUGCGCACGGACUGGAUGUGCCAACUGCAGCCAAAGCGGCGUUCACUGCCUCGAGCGUUUCUCAGGGAAAGUUCUUUGAAGUUAUCGUCAACAGCCUCAAACAAGUCUUCCCACCCACGACUGGCCAAUGCUUCGCUUUCCAGUUCCCUGCUCGCUUCCUGCAGAAAGACUUGUAUGCUUGGGACACAUCUGCAGCCGGAAUUUACGGACAGUUCGUCAAGCCAGUCGCCGUCAACGAGAGUGAAUUCCGUCUCGUCGAUCAGCUGUAUAACGUGGGCGAAGUGGUUGGUGCUUCCAACGGACAAAACCUGUCCGUCUGCUACGAGCAGGUACUCAAUAACUUGGUGCCUGGCCAUGAGAACGACUAUCGUAUCAUCGCCAGGCAACAGGCCCAAAUUCGUCGUUGGCUUAUGAAGGAAGUCCCUGCCACAGGUUGGGUCAAGAACCUUAUCGAGUCGCAACAGAAUCGGUCUGUUCCAUUGUCUGCCGCGGUUGGUAGCACGGUCACAAGUCCUUAUGGCGAACCCGUACCGCAGUUUGCAGUGGCUAACAGGCUUUCGGAGGAUGGUAAAGUCAACCGCAUGGAGCUCGCAGAGGCGCUCAUGGAGGAGUACCUAUCCGCGAAACAAGUCUGGGAGUUGGAACGUGAUACCAUGAUCAAGAACGCGCGGGCCAAGGAUGAAAAUGUGGACGACAUCACGCGCAAGCUGGCGCACAUCACAGCCGUUCGAGAGGCCCAGCUCGCCGCCAAACACGCUGAUGCCGUCGUUCGCGGUUAUUCUCGCACCAUCCGCCAGUAUCUUGGCUAUAUGGACAUUAAAAGUCCAUCCGAAAUGCUGCAAGACGCCAAGGACGGACUUCGCGAGGCUGUCACCAGUUCCUUGGAUGGCGCCAUGAAUAUCUAUCCCGUGCAGCUGUCGCCCAUCGAUUGGUUCCAAGGUCUCUCUUCAUCGUUCACGAUAGAGGAUCUCACAUCGGAUCCGAAAAUUAUCCUCCAGCAAAUUAACGCCAAAUCUAAGCUUCUGGAUCUGCUUCAAUCUCGCUUAGCUGCGCUGCAAUUCUCUCCCAAGAACGACUUGAAAGCGUUAAAGUUGGCGGCCGAACAAGCUCAGUCCGAGUACAGCAAGUGUCAGUCCAAUCUUCAAACAACGUACUCCAGCAACGUCCUCUCACUCGCACAAAGCUUCGUAUCCGCUGCUAACGAGUUCCAGUCCAGUCUCUUCGUUACCCAAGCGAAGCUUUUCGGAAUUGCUGAAAGUGCAUUCAACGGCAUCGAAGAUUCUAUGAAGAAGGCUACUGCUGCUCAUGACGCAGUUAACAGUGCCUCUCGAGCGUAUUCUCAGGCGCUAUCGGCAGUGACUCUGGCCGAGGCAACGGAUACCUCGCAAGAGAUCACUAGCAUUACACUACAAAUCGAUGCUGUUCGAAAGGAGAUCACGGAGCUCACCACUCGGGUUCAGGUCUUGAGCGCCAGCCCAGCCACCCCUGAGUAUACUCGGAUACUUGCAGAUUUUCCUUUUUUCCCACCACAUCACAGUGGCACGGCUGGAGGUGGCAGGUGGCAGGAGAUCACUUUGACUCAUGAAACGUCGGUCAUCCACCAAGCAUCCACCACCCAAGUUAGCUCCUCGGUUUCUGGUUCCGAUGUAAGCUUCUUCUGGGGUUCCAGGGGGCAAACCUCCACCUCGUUUGCAGAGGACUUGGCUUCGUCAAGUAGCGAGUCGUUCAAGGUUGACAUCGGGUUCCGAGCCACGAUGGUUACCGUUGAUCGUGGUGGAUGGUUCCAGCCUCAGUUCUUCAAGCAAACGAGCGGAUUCUGUCACAUCGACAAGAAGAUCUUCGCGUCGAAGUGGCCUGAAGGUAUCAAUAGCAUGGAAGACCUCGAAAACGCGACGCCGGCUCAAUGGGAAGAGCUGAACAAAGGCCUUUUCCCCGCGUAUCCGGUCGGGUUCAUCAUCUGCAAGGACAUUACAAUCAAAGUCAACAUGAGCACUGAACAACUCAGGAAGUACUCGAAAGAGUUUGAGGAAUCUGUUCAAUCCGCCAGUGGCAUCUUCUGUUGGUCGAACAGCGGAAUCUCACACUCUAAGGUUUCGGAGAGAGGAGCAGACAUUCUUUCCGCCAGCGACGGCGUCGUCAUCCGUAUCCCUGGUCCACAGAUCCUGGGGUACAUGCUCCAAUACGUCGAUAACGACUUGAGUCAAGAUCUCAAAGCCAAUCUCCCAGAUAACUUCCUUAUCUCUGACGAGGAUUAUGAAGCUGGCUUUGACAAAAUCGACAACUCACCUACAGUACUUGGAGCAGCUCAUGCGUUGGCUUCCCCUGUCGUGAAUUUAUACACCGACAUCCCGGCAGCAGCCACUGCUAUUUCUCCGCUCAAGGACGUUUCUCCGCCUGAGGAAGUUUCUCCUCUCAAGGAAGUUUACCUUCUUGAAGAAGUUUCCCUCCCCAAGGAAGUUCUUCCUCUCGAAGAAGUUUCUCUCAAGGAGGUUUUUCCUCCCAAGGUCGUUUCUCCUCUUGAGCAAGAACCCGUCUACUCUAGCGGCUACUACUUCGCCCCUAAGCUGCGGGUCUAGUCGACCUGCUCCUCACUAACUUCCAUUCGCAGGUCCCAAGAGUUAUAUGCCCCGGGUAUUCAUGUUUUCUUUUAUUCCCAGUAUUUCCAUCUGUAUAUAUUGCUAGCGUCUCGGACUCCUCGUUGUUACGUGUUUCGGACUCCCUGUUUGCUACUUAUGCCUAUGUAUAUCUCGGACCCCUUCAAUCGCUCCCCAUCACCCUCGUACUCUUCAGCGUCUCAAUCUUAUCAGCUUCGUGGUUGCCAUAACACCACCUAUAUAUACGCCAUACAUCUUAUGCCAUUUGAUUUUUGACCUU